UUGACACCCCUAGCCUGAAGGCUGAAACACAGCGCAAAAGCUGCAGUCUCCAUUUCACCCCCCAACUCCUCUCUUCAUCUGUCUCUACCUCUGAAAUCUAUUGGAAGUCGCGAACAUCGUCAGCAGAGACCACAGCAGGGUAAUUGCUUGAGAAUUUUACCAUCCGAGAUCUAGAAGUUGCCAACACCAGAUCUUGGUUUUCUAACAGAGGAACAUGUUUGUGCUUCCAUCAAAAGAAGAAAAGUGGUUAUCAUAUGCAUUGGAUGCUCCUGCAUGAAAGUUGUUAAUGUUGUUCAAAGUGAAGAUCUUGGUCAGCCAGAAUAAAGGUCAAUGGACUCAGUGUAAGCCUAAGUUAUAUCUGUGAAAAUUUAAUAUUUACUUAAAUAUGGCGGAGAUAAGCUUGGGCCCACUAAUAGAUGUUGUGGAUGAAGAAUGGAUGAGAGACACACUUCCGGAUGAUGAUCUUUUAUUACCACCAGUAAUGGAGGCCCGGACUGACGAUACCGAAGACACAAAUCAAGAAACCAAGCCAAUCGAUGGAGAUUCAUGGCAUGAUCUUGCUUUAUGCACACAUUAAUGUUUCCUGGCUCUACAAGGGUUUGACUUGAUGUUCUUUAAGGUAUUGAUUUGUAAAAGUCUCUUCCUUCGCCAGUCUAAUUUUCAUCAUUUCUGUAUUCAAACUCCCCUUAGUCGGGUUGAUACUCAAUAGUUUUCAAUACAGAAAUCAGAACAAGAAUCAAAUAUCAGAAAUGUUCCCUAAAUUGAAUGGUUAAUGUUCAGGGAUGUGUCCCUGAAAAUGAAGGAGAAAAGCCCCAAAUGUGUGGAACUUGGGUUUCCUAGUA